AUGCCAUCUCCGGAAUUGAAAACUGGCUCGCCACCCUCCCAACACUCUCCUACAGGCUCCCAGCCGGGUGUCCAGAACGGCACCGGCACGUCUGAUAUCGGGGGUGUCAACUCUCUGAACCCUGGAAUAAACGCAACCGCCAAUGGUGCCUUGCCUGAUACCAUCGCUGGAGGAAAACAAGACGCCCAAGCUAAGAUGACUGCAUCAAGCGCCGAUGGUGCCAACGACGCCAAUGGAACCCCCCAGUCGAACGGUACAAACGGAUCCGCACAAAGUCGCAAGCGCUCUCGUGAUGGGUCUGUGAUUCCAUCCGGUGAGGUCUCGGGUCCAAUGGCCGUGAGGACGCGUGAAACACCUGUUGAUAAGAUCUUGCUGGAACAAUAUGUCAAUCGUGAAUUUCAAUACUCAGCUGCCGUGGCUUGGCAAAACCCAACCCAGGAGUUGCAGCACCAGAAGCGGGCAGAACGCGAUUUUCUAUUAGCAAUCCGUCGUGAGAAUCAAGGGAAUCCAGCAGCACUGUUUGGGGUUGGCUACGAGGGGUUUGGAAACCCGCGCACAGAUCUGCGAAAUCAACACCCACAAUUAUUGUAUCCGUCCAACCGACGUCGGCCUGGGAACCGGAAAACUCGGGAAUUGAGAAUCUCUCGGCGGGAUAUGAAGGUGCAAAAUGAGCAGAUUGAGGACCUGGUGCCAAUUCGCCUGGAUAUCGAUUGGGAGAAGAUCAAGAUUCGAGACACUUUCACCUGGAAUCUCCACGACCGCGUUGUGUCACCGGAUCUAUUCGCCGAGAAACUGGUGGAGGAUCUUGGCCUUUCGCUAGAGACAUCCGCUCCGCUGAUGCGCAUGAUCUCGCAGAGUAUCCAGGAGCAGUUGAUGGAUUAUUAUCCUCAGAUCUUCAUACACGAGGAUCCCCUUGAUCCUCACUUACCGUACGCCGCGUACCGGAAUGACGAGAUGCGUAUUCUGGUCAAAUUGAAUAUCACCAUUGGUCAGCACACCCUUAUUGACCAAUUCGAGUGGGACAUCAACGAUCCACAAAAUUCACCGGAAGAAUUCGCCUUGCGCAUGACUGAUGACCUUUCUCUCUCUGGCGAAUUUACCACCGCGAUUGCUCACUCAAUUCGGGAACAAUCUCAACUCUUCACUAAAUCUCUUUAUAUCGUUGCCCAUCCGUUCGAUGGCCGACCCAUUGAAGAUCCCGAUCUCAACGCCUCUUUUCUCCCUACUCCUGUAUCUUCAGCAUUCCGACCUUUCCAAGCGGCCAAGGAACACACUCCAUAUCUUUACGAAUUAAACGAGGCCGAUCUCGAGCGUACCGAGAUUUCUAUAUCGCGUGAGCAGCGUCGCCAGAAACGAUCUAUCAAUCGGCGAGGUGGCCCCGCUCUCCCAGACUUGAAGGAUCGACAACGCACGAUUCGAACCUUGAUUGUUUCUUCCGUCAUUCCUAACUCUGCAGAGUCUUUUGACGAAAGCAAUGUCAUCAAGCGAUCCGGCUCUGGUCGUCGCCGCGGAGCUGUUGGCACCCGUGGAGACGACGAAUCCGAUGAUUUUGAAAGCGAUGACUCGGAUGAAGGAUCACCAGCCAUUGGCCCGCACCUUUCUCAAGGCACUGCCCGUACACGGGGCAUGAGAGGAGCGGCCACGGCCGCUCACGCCGCUCUGCGUGCUAGCAUGGGACAAUCUGCAACUCCGGAGCCAGUUCUGCAGGAGCCCGUCCGGUUGUCUUCCCGACGACAGCAACUGCGUGAAGAGAGUGUGGAGGAAUCCGAGAAGUUGAUCGUCAAGUUCAAGAUAUCCCGAGACAAACUGGCAGAUCUACGAAGUGGGAAACGCAUCUUCGACCCGGCACAAGCUGCCGCACGCGCCAUGGCGCCCCCUUCCGACAAGCAAUCUCGACUACACCACCCGCCGCGACCUCAGCAAACCGGAGCCGUCGAUGCACCGAACCCACCCCAGCAGGGGGUCCCAGGUUCUCCAACACGAGCAAUCUUCAAGCCGGACAGAAGAUCAAAUAUCAAUACCUCCCCCCGUAUUCGCUGUCAUGACUGUCCCGGAAAGCUGUACACCCCCGGUCCCGGUAUGACAGUCGACAACUUUGAAGUCCAUCUUCGCAACCGUCAGCACAAGGAGCGUGUGGAAGAGAGAUUGGUGAAGACUGGCGGCGGUGUUCCUGUCAACCCUGAUGUAAGCGGCAGCGCCAGUGCAAGUCCAGCUCCAGGUGCUGUGACCUCAGCCAGCGCCAGCCCUGCCUUGGGUGCGGCUCCAAUCCCAGGCGCUUCACCAUCGCCGGCAACAGGACCCCAGUCAUAA